GCAGCAGGCCGGCUGGCAGAGGCAGCCCGGUGCUAGGGGAGGGGACGGCGCUGCGGUCUCGCGGGAUUUGGCGCCCCCGGCCCGGCCCCUGCCCUGUUCCCGCGGGAGGAGGGAGGCCAGUGACCGAGGAGGGGAACACGGCGCGCGCGAGAGAGCGCGAGCCUGGCGGCGGCUGCUGCCAACACAGAGUCGGCGUUGCUGCUGCUGCUGCUGCUGUUGUUGCUGAGGCGCGACUUGGCGAGGCCUUCCCUCCGCCGUCCCCAAUCAGGCUUCACGCCCUGCCGAUGGAGGAGUCGCCGUGUCCGGCCUGAGCUUGGCGGCUGCUGGAGUGAGAGGCCCGAGAGGAGGACGAGGCGGCGCUGGCGGCGAGCGGAGUGAGUGACUCGGCGGCUGUGCUUGCUGCAGCCCCCAGCAGCGGGGCUGGCCCAGGAUGGUGGAGUAUAUUGUGGAGUAUGAUUAUGAUGCAGUACAUGAUGAUGAGCUAACCAUUCGAGUUGGUGAAAUCAUAAAGAAUGUGAAAAAACUAGAAGAGGAAGGAUGGCUGGAAGGAGAACUAAAUGGGAAAAGGGGCAUGUUCCCUGACAACUUUGUUAAGGAAGUUAAGAGAGAGGCGGAACCUAAAGAUGAUGGCUUGCCAGUCAAGAAAGAGAGGCAUGGAAAUGUAGCCAACCUUGUUCAGCGUAUGAGCAUAUAUGGGCUUCCAGCAGGAGCAUUCCAGCCUCCUUCCCAGCCUAAAAGCUUCAAGAGGAAAUCAAAAAAGCGGCAGUGUAAAGUGAUGUUUGAGUAUACUCCUCAGAAUGAGGAUGAGUUGGAGCUCAAGCUUGGAGAUGUUAUAGAUAUUAAUGAAGAGGUGGAAGAAGGCUGGUGGAGCGGAAUGCUAAAUGGCAAAUUGGGACUAUUUCCUUCUAACUUUGUAAAAGAGUUGGAGGUAAUAGAUGAUGGAGAAACCCAAGAGGGCCUAGAUGAUGCAGAGUCUGUUUUUACUGGCCCUGUAUCACCAGUAGCUUCCCCAGGGAAUGGUAGUGAGUCUGGAGCUGCACAGAUAGCACAGCCAAAGAAAAUCCGAGGAGUUGGAUUUGGAGACAUUUUUAAAGAAGGUUCAGUGAAGCUCAAGACAAGAUUGUCCAGUAACGAUUUAGAAGAGAAGAAACAGGACAAGCCAUUGCCUGCUCAUCCAUCUGGACCAAAAGUAACCCAGUUUCCUAGUGUAAUGAAACCAGAAAUUGCAACAGACAUAGCAAAAACAGAAACUGAAAGCAAACAGAAAGCUAAGGAAUAUUGCAAGACGUUGUAUGCCUAUGAAGGUAGCAAUGAGGAUGAACUUAGUUUUAAAGAAGGUGACAUCAUCCAGAUAAUAAGUAAGGAUAUCGGAGAGGCAGGAUGGUGGAAAGGAGAGCUUAAUGGUAAAGAAGGAGUUUUUCCGGACAACUUUGCAAUUCAAAUAAAUGAAAUGAAUAAAGAUUUCCCUAAGCCAAAAAAACCACCACCUCCUGUAAAAGGUCCAGGUUCAAAGCCAGAGUUUCCAUCUAUGGAAAAGAAGCUUUCUCCUCCUAAGAAUGAAGAAAAAGAUGAAAAACCAGCUUUGGAUCAUAGAACGUCUAAACCAGCCGCCCCUCAAGUACCACCCAAGAAGCCCGUCCCUCCAAAUAAAGCUACUAACUUACUGAAAGCUGGGAUUUUGCAUCAAAAAAGGCCAGAUAAACCAGUCUUGCAAUCAUCAGUAUCCAAGGCAAAUGGGGAAGUUUCUUUGAGACCGAAAUCUGAAAUUGAGCCAUCAACAAAACCAAAGUUAGACUCUGAACAGUUACCACUGAGACCAAAAUCAGUAGAGGUAGAUACAAUUGCAAUAAAGAACUUGAAAGAAACAGAUCUCUUAAGUUUUGAUGACAUAAUAGCUACCUCAGAUAAUUUAUCGCAUCCCACAGCAAAUAGGCCGAAGAUGCCUGGCAGGAGGCUACCUGCUCGCUUCAAUGGCAAUAAUUCUUCAACUCAGAAUUUGAGCAUAGAGAAAAGUGUGAAGGUGCACAAAGAAGAGGAAGAAAAUGCCAAACUAAAGCCACUUGAAGUUAGAAAGCCAACCACGUUUACUUCACCACUUCUGUCUUCAUCACCAAGACCAAAUUCUGUUGUACUCAGUGCUGGUGCUGGGGAAAUGAAACUUAAACGGGAAGCCGAUGAAGGGGGAAAGCCUUCUCUAGAAGAGCUCAGGUCUCAGAUCUUUGAGUUGCUGACUGUUGUAGAAACACUGAAAAAGGAGCAUGGGAAAGAACUGGAAAAAUUGAAAAAGGAAUUGGAGGAAGAAAAGCAGAUACGUAGUAACCUAGAGGUGGAAAUAGAAAAGCUCAAGAAAGCUGUCUUGACUACAUGAAAGAGCCAUAGACUGUGCAUCCAUAACGUGCCAGGAUUUCAAAGUCAAAAUACAAAUGAAGUUGACUUUUUUUUACUUCAAAUCAAUGAAUGCUAGCAUUCCAUUUUUUUUAAAAGAAGAAAUGAAUAUAAUCUUAUAUUCAGUGAGCUAAGCAAAUGGAUAAUUCUUUUUUGUUUCUUGCCAAUAUAGGAGAGGCCUUAUUUCUUACUGUGCUGGAAUUGCAAACCUUUAUUGUCUUGGUUUGCUUGAAAAUACUACUGAAUCUGUAUAAAAAGGAGAGGGGUGGGUUCUUAAUAGAUUUUUAUUGAAUACCUAUAGUCUAAUUUUUAAGAGAUCUGUACUAUAAAUAAGGUGAUAUAUCUUUGCAAAAUAAUCUGUAAAGUAGUUUAUUGGGAGGCAAAUGGUGUAGUCUUGUAGUCAUCAUAGUCACUACUCCCCACCCCCCAUGCUAAAGGGAAUAUGAUGUUUGUAUAUUUUUUUAAUUUUCGCAUUCCUAUCCAGGGUUACACGGUUGUGCCUCUCUGCAGUGAGAGUAUUAAUAACAUACAGUUUUUUAGUUUGGGAUUUUACUGGGAAAUGCUAAGGAGCAGAUGAGUCAUCAAUGCCUAGCAGCUCAGCAAAGCCCUUAAUCCAUAUUCAUUCCUUCUAACUGAGAAGAAUAUUGUGAGACUUGCACUAUGGGAUUCAUAAAAAAGAUUAAUGAUUGACCCACAACGAAGACAUCUAUACCAGGAUGAAUGCUUAAAACCACAAGAAAUCCAGGCACGAGGCUAAAAUGACCGUAGACCGGAACCUCUCGUGCCUAGAUGUUGCAGAAACAUAUUCUGAUCGCUACACUUCUGCGCUUUUGUAAAUUUUAAUUUAACACUACAGUCUCUCAUGGCUUUAAAGAUUUUUAGCAAUAAUUAAAACAUCCUUAAAUCCUUCCUAUGCCAAUGAAAAGUUUAGAGCUACCUGUCUAAAUGCAAAGUUGCACUGAGUUGUGUUGCUUACAGCCUGACAGCAUUGAGUAAGGCACAAGUUGGUUUCUGUACAUAAAUACUUGAGUAUUACAUACACCAUAGUACUGCAAUAUGCUCUAGCAAACAAAACUAAUUGACUUUUAAAUGUAUAUUCGAAUUGUCAUCAAAUGUCAUAGAUCUACUUUUGGAAUCAUUGUGUGAAAUUUAGACCCCCACCCCCCGGGGCCCAUUCUAUGUGGAGGAGAAAAACUGAAAAUAUACAGCUGUCACGUUCAAGCCAAGCCUACAAAUAAUACAAAUCCCACCCUCUCUUAGGCCUCCUCCAUUGCUAUGCUGAAAUAGUAUAGAAAGGGUUGAAGUCUUAUCUCUUAGGUCAGUAGCAAGUUUUGAUACUCAUCUCCUGCCCUUAAGAAGCAGAAUUUGGAUAGCAAAGCGGGGCUUUGUUCUCUUGAUAAUCAAUGGAUUAAAACCUGGAAAUGAAAACUAGAGUGUAUAAGUCAUACUUGUUUGUUUACCAUAUUGGUGCAUGACCAGUUGUGCAGAUAAAAUAAGUCAGUUGUAUAAUGAUUGACUUCUGUUGCCAAUUUACAAGUUUAAUAAUCUGAAUAGUAACUAAUGUAUCUCUGGAUUCUUAAAUUAUUGCUCAGAUCUAUCGCUCUUGUAAACUAAUAUGAUGCAAACUCUUAAUUAGCCAGCUACAUCACAAAUAAAGUAAGCUGUAGUAAGCAUUAUUUUGGACAAUUGGGCAACAGAGCUCUUUUGAUACCUGCUCAUUAAAGUCUUUCCUCUUCAACUGAGGUCUCAUUAUGCAAAACAAGAUGGAGGAUAAAGAAAGAGAGUGCUUUCUGUGCUCUUUGCUGUAAUCCAGAGCGCAAAGCAAAUUAUAUUGAUAGGUUGCUAUGUGACAGUUUUGUCUGCCUUGAAGCUUCUAGCAGAUUAAUAGGACAAGACAAUCACUUAAAUCAAAGGUGUUAAUUAUUUAAUGGCCUUUUUUGCUGUAGCAAUAAAUGACCAAGUGCAAUGACUUGAUUUAAUAAAUUCUUCUAACAGUC